AUGGGUUUGGCAAGUGAGAAGCGUCAACUUCUGUCAAAGGUGGCAAUGAACGAGGGACAUGGAGAGAACUCUGCUUAUUUUGAUGGAUGGAAGGCUUAUGAAAGAGACCCAUUUCACCCCAAAAACAAUCCUCACGGUGUUCUCCAGAUGGGUCUUGCAGAAAACCAGCUCUCUUUUGAUCUGAUACAAGAGUGGAUAAGGAAUAAUCCAGAGGCCUCCAUUUGCACUCAUGAGGGACUUGAUCACUUCAAGGACAUCGCUAUCUUUCAGGACUAUCAUGGCCUUCCCAAGUUCAGAGAGGGUGUGGCAAAUCUGAUGUCAAAAGUGAGAGGUGGUAGAGUAAAAUUUGACCCUGACCGUAUAGUGAUGAGUGGAGGGGCCACAGGAGCUAAUGAACUCAUCAUGUUCUGUUUGGCUGAUCCUGGAGAUGCUUUUCUUCUUCCCACUCCUUAUUAUCCAGCAUUUGUACGUGAUUUGUGUUGGCGAACUAGGGCACAAAUAGUUCCAGUCCACUGUGACAGCUCCAACAAUUUCAAGAUAACCAGAUCAGCCCUUGAAGAAGCCUACAAGAAAGCCCAAGAAGAAAACCUCAACGUGAAGGGCUUGCUCAUAACGAACCCAUCAAACCCUCUGGGCACCACUUUAGACAAAGAAACCCUGAAAAGCCUUGUCAACUUCAUCAAUGAAAAGAACAUACAUUUAGUGUGUGAUGAAAUCUAUGCAGCCACUGUGUUCAAUCCCUCCAGCUUCAUAAGUGUCUCUGAGGUCAUCCAAGAUAUGGAAUCCUGUAACAAAGACCUCAUCCACAUAGUUUAUAGUUUGUCAAAGGACUUAGGCCUUCCUGGUUUCAGAGUUGGGAUUGUUUAUUCAUACAACGACACUGUCGUUAGCUGUGGCCGCAAAAUGUCAAGCUUUGGGUUGGUGUCCUCACAGACCCAGCACAUGCUGGCUGCAAUGCUUUUAGAUAAUGAUUUUGUCGAUAAGUUUCUGGCAGAGAGUUCCAGAAGGUUGGCAGAGAGGCACAGUUUGUUCACAGGGGGACUUGAGAAGAUGGGGAUUACUUGCCUUCCAAGCAAUGCGGGGCUGUUCUGUUGGAUGAGCUUGAGAAAUCUGUUAAAAGAACAAACACUGGAAGGCGAAAUGAUGUUGUGGAAUGUGGUAGUGAAUGAAGUGAAACUGAAUGUAUCUCCUGGUUCAUCUUUUAGCUGCAGAGAACCAGGGUGGUUUAGGGUUUGCUUCGCCAACAUGGAUGAUGAAACAGUGAAAGAAGCAUUGAGAAGAAUCAGAGCAUUUGUGGGAAGAGAAACAGAGAAGAAAGCAGCAAAGAAGAUGAAACGCAGGCACAGUGUGAGCAUGAGGGGAAGCUUCUCCACAAGAAGAUUUGAUGAAACUGUAAUGUCACGUCACAGAAUGUCCCCACACUCACCAAUUCAUCACUCACCUCUUGUGAAGGCCACUUGAUCAGAGUUAUCAUGCACACAACAAAUCAAAUCAUUUUGCCUCUUUCAGUUUGUGACUGCAAAUUG